CCUCUUCAGGCUUGAGUCUCUAUGCGCAUCUGCUUCCUGGCGGCGGAAAGUCGACCAUCACCAGCGCACCUGUCAUGUACAAUCAGCCGAAAGAGGAGAAAGAGCAAGCUGCUCCGGCAAAACCUAGUAUUGGUAAUUAUCUGUAGUGGCCCUCUCCCCCACUCCUAUUUGCCUAUUCAAGACCUGUAAGCUUACUGCGGUCUGUUCGCUGCUUUGCAGAUUUCACAAAGCAACUAUUUCAACAACAACAAAAGAAGAAACAAAACCAGCUCCACAAGGGCAGGGGUGCGAAACCUUCAAGGUUCCACGGAUCCACCUCUUCUAUGAACACGAGCUCGAGCUCCCCAGACAAGACCGGUAAUGGAAGCAGCUUCAACAUCCGUCCGAUCACCACGUCGACAGCGGCAGACUGGAUAAGCAACGCACAGGAUGACGAUGCGGCAAUCGAAGAAGCCGAAGCCAACAAGAGUCGAUAUAGAUAUCCUAAGAAGAAGAAGAGAAAGACGCAGAGGAACGUGCCUGAAGCUGAGAUCAAUUGGAACGAGCUCUAUGAGCCUACCAAGUGUACGAACCUCCACGCCUACAACGAGAGUGAAGAGUAUAGGAAUGCAGACAAUGAUUGGUUCAAUAAGCUCCACGCGUCUCGCUUCGCAGUGCAGCGCAACGCAAGCAGCAGUGCAGAAGUGGUUACUCCAUCAGCCCCGGUCGUGCGCAACGCUAUGUUCGCACCACCCGCGUUCAACAAUGGCCCGGCCAAAGCUAUUGAGGAUGUGGUGAUGCGCGACGACGACGCUGUCCAUCCUGACCGACGAAGCGGCAUGGCAGCCAUUCCCACAGACGACGAGGAGGAGUACCGUCCGUCUUUCGGAGCACCCGCACAUCCUCCUUCUGGUGGAUUCUCUACGCACAAUGCUACCGCGGGUGGCAUCAAUGUCGCUCCAAGCUUCGCACCUCCAAGCUUCGCACCCCCGACCGCGACCAAUUCGUCCGCUCCCGCCUCUGCCGUCAUAUCACGCGCACCCGUUCGAUUCCAACAAGCAGCAUCCGCUACUGCCUCUGAAGAUCAACAGGGUGAUACCAUUAUGAGCAUGGACGAGGUCCCUCCCGAGCCAGAAGUCGAAGAGGCUCCGCGCUCGAACCGACCUGGACAGAAAGACUUUGCGAGGCGCCUACUCAUGAAGCAAGGCUGGAAGGAGGGCCAAGGUCUAGGAGCAUCUGGCUCUGGCAUGAUCAAGCCACUGUACGUCAAACCGAUCAAGCAGAAGAAGUUCUCGGACGCCGAAGGUGGCGGGUUCAGCAAGGCUGGACAGGGCAAGAUCAUUGCGGGGAAGAAGGCCAAGGGCUACGUGGAGGAGGAAGGCCAGUAUGGCAAGAUGAGCGAGGUGGUGGUGGUCCUUGGCCUUCUUGCGGGCGUUGACGUGCAGAGAGAGAUGCAGGCGGACGUGCCUCUGGCACAGCGAAUCGGGGAGGAGUGCAGCGAGAAGUUUGGGAACGUGGAGAAGGUGACGGCAAGCGCGGAGACUGGGCGAAUUUUCGUCAAAUUCACCCAGUCGUUGUCGGCGCUCCGGGCGGUCCAGGCGCUGGACCAAGGCGUCCUGCGAUCCCUGGAGCCGCUGAACGCGGCAGGCAGCGUGGGCACGGCGCGAUACUACGACGCCGACGACUUUGCACAGCAGGUGCUAGACGCGGACGUCAAGGUUCCGUCUGCCCAGUAGAUGGCAAGACGCCAAGCGAGUGCAGCAUUUUCCAUGACGUGGUAGAUGUCGUGCAGGUAUAUUCAUGUGUAGAUUUGGUAGAAAGCCGGUUUGUCUACAGUCAGGUGGUGAUGUAUACGAUAGCCAGCAGAGGUAUUGAGCAAUCCAAUCCAAUCCAAUCCAAUCCAG